AGACUUAGGCGCCACAGACUCGGCGCGCGGGCCGGAAGCGGGAUGUGAUGUAAAGAUCACGUUGAAACGCCUUUUCUUCUUUUUCUUCUUCUUCUUCUUCUCCUUUUUGUUCUUCCUCCAGAUUUUCCGAUGCAUUGUUGUAAGAGAGACCGCGAAGGACUUUUCCCCAACUAUCGGACUCUUUUAAACUAAAGCCUGUGUGGGCGCGUCUAUUUUGAGGCCACGACGGAGAGUUAGGGAACUGUCGGAGGUGCAGCGCGAUCUCUAAAACAGCCAGUCUCCCUCUGGCUUCUUCAUGCACAAGGAUGUAGUCUCUGUCUACAGUAGUCCACAAACGCCCCCUUACCACCAUGCUGUUUUUCCUGUUGCUGGUCUUCCAAGGUGAUGCACUUGCCCAGAUAGAUCCAGCACACUGCCGCUACCCUCUUGGCAUGGAGGAUGGGAGGAUUAAGGAUGAUGACAUCACCGCCUCCAGUCAGUGGUAUGAUACCACAGGGCCACAAUAUGCCAGGAUGAAUCGAGAGGAGGGUGAUGGCGCAUGGUGUCCCGCUGGCCCCCUUGAGCCCACUGAUGUCCAGUUUCUGCAGUUGGACCUCAGGCAACUGACCUUCCUCACUGUGAUUGGUACUCAGGGCCGACAUGCCCAUGGUGCAGGGAAUGAGUUUGCCCGCAUGUACCGCCUGGACUACAGCCGUGAUGGUGUGGUCUGGAUAUCCUGGAAGAAUCGUCUUGGCAUUAAGGUAAUAGAGGCAAACGAAAACGCCUAUGCCUCAGUCAUCAAGGACCUGCAUCCACCGAUCAUCACACGCUACCUUCGUCUCAUCCCCGUCACCAAAGUGCCUGCCACUGUGUGCAUGAGAGUUGAGCUUUAUGGAUGCCUGUGGCAUGAUGGCCUCACUGCUUAUAGCUCUCCUGAAGGGCAGAUGAUGACAGCACCUGGCUAUCCCAUCGCUCAUCUUAAUGAUUCCACAUAUGACGGCUACCACAAGCGCAGGAAACUUUCUGAGGGAUUGGGUCAGUUGACGGAUGGUGUGAUUGGACAGGAUGAUUUUCUCUUGACCCGCCAGUACCAUGUAUGGCCCGGAUAUGAUUAUGUGGGCUGGAGAAACGAGAGUCUGGGGCCUGGGUUUGUGGAAAUGGAAUUUGUUUUCGACAGACCACGCAAUUUUACCUCUAUGAAGGUUCAUUGCAACAACAUGUUCACCCGUGGUGUGAAGAUAUUUUCAGCAGUGUCAUGCUCCUUUAAGCCACGCCUGGUGGCAGAUUGGGAACCUCAGACAGUGGAGUUCCGUACCGUGCUGGACGAUCGCAACCCCAGUGCCCGCUACGUAACCGUGCCCCUCAACCGGAGGGCUGCCAAGGCUUUGCAGUGUCGCUUCUUUUUUGCUGACACCUGGAUGAUGUUCAGUGAAAUCGCCUUUCAGUCUGCAGACACAGUGAUCCCUAAUCUACUACCAUCUCUGAUGACUACUUCAUUUCUCAAGGUGGAGAAUUCCACACCCACACAAAGAAUGGCUGAACUUUUUACAUCCACUUCUUCGUCAGUGACCACUCAGGCCAACACCGACACCUCUGAUGAUGUAAACACCUCCAUUUUGAUUGGCUGUCUGGUGACUAUCAUCCUACUGCUCGUAGUGAUCAUAUUUCUGAUCCUGUGGUGUCAGUAUGUCUGCAAAGUGCUGGAGAAGGCUCCCCGUCGCAUCCUGGAAGAAGAAGUGACAGUGCGCCUUUCCUCCAGUAGUGACACCAUCAUCUUGAACACCCCCUCAGUGCCUCCCCGUGUGUCUCAGAUGGAUCCUCCAUAUGAAAGGGUCUUCCUACUGGACCCACAGUACCAAGACCCCUCUAUGUUGAGAAGUAAGCUGCCUGAGCUUUCGGAGGGUACAAGGACCUCAGGGUGCGGCGGGGGCUAUGCAGAACCUGAUGUAACCCAGUGCACACCCCACCAGGGAUUCCAUAGCAGCGUACCACACUAUGCUGAGACAGACAUUAUCAGUCUACAAGGUGUUACUGGGAGCAACAUGUAUGCAGUGCCUGCUGUCACUGUCGAUUCACUCACACGCAAGGACAUCUCUGUCGCCGAGUUCCCACGACAUCGCUUGGUCUUUCGCGAGAAACUAGGGGAAGGCCAGUUUGGAGAGGUUCAUCUGUGUGAAGCAGAGGGUCUGCCUGAAUUUUUGGGAGAGGGUUCCCCCUUACCGGAGCGAGAUGGAAAGCCAGUACUUGUUGCAGUGAAGCAACUCAGAGCGGAUGCCACCAGCAACGCCAGGAACGACUUCCUGAAGGAAAUCAAGAUAAUGUCACGUCUCAAUGACCCCAAUAUUAUUCAGCUGCUGUGCGUGUGUGUCAGCUCUGACCCAUUAUGCAUGGUCACUGAGUAUAUGGAGAAUGGGGAUCUUAACAUGUUCCUGUCACAGAGAGAGAUUGAGAGCACCCUCACACAUGCCAACAACAUCCCAUCAGUCAGCAUGUCCGACCUCCAGCACAUGUCAGUGCAGAUCUCGUCAGGCAUGCGCUACCUGGCCUCUCUCAACUUUGUGCAUCGAGACCUAGCCACACGAAACUGCCUCCUGGAUCGGCGACUCACCAUCAAGAUUGCUGACUUUGGUAUGAGCCGCAACCUGUACAGCAGUGACUACUACCGCAUCCAGGGUCGUGCUGUGCUGCCUAUUCGCUGGAUGGCCUGGGAGAGCAUUCUUCUGGGAAAGUUUACCACUGCAAGCGAUGUGUGGGCAUUUGGCGUGACCCUCUGGGAGAUCUUCACACUGUGCAAAGAGCAGCCCUACAGCCUGCUAUCAGAUGAGCAAGUCAUCGAAAACACUGGCGAGUUCUUCAGGAACCAGGGCAGACAGAUCUUCCUCUCAGCGCCACCCCUUUGCCCCCCUUCUUUGUUUGAGCUGAUGAUGCGUUGCUGGAGUCGAGACAUCAGGGAUCGACCCACUUUUGACCACAUACGUGAAGCACUCCGUCUGCAUACAGCUCAGUGAAUCCUCAGACUGACUGCUUGCCACUCAUUAAAUCUUCCUGUUGACUGUUUUUUGCUCUCCAACUCUUCUUUCAAAUUCUGUAUAGCAUUACCCUAAAACUAUGACAAAAUGGACAAGCAAGACAGGAAGUGGCAAGUUGAGCAAUGAUUACAUAAAAUAGUGGACUUAGUCACGUAUUUAUUGGGUUAGUUCAAGGCUAUUUACAAAUCUGUGGAAAGUAGCAGAAAAACUCUUGCUUUCCGUAAUGUAAAUUAGCCUCUUCUGUGGUCGGACAUUUGCUAACUGGCACCACUGAGAGCAUCAGUGCCUCAAACUAAAUUCUAGGUCUUAAAAUCAGUUCCUGAAAAUCUAUGUCUGAAGGUUCUUUUUGUUACAUAUUUUUAAGCACUGCUGUUUUUAUUUUUUGUGCAUUUAUUUUUGUCUAUAUUUCUUAUUAACCCCCACACUGGAGUUAAAACUAAUACUAUAAUAAUUUUGGUUGAUGUUUUUUGUGUGUGUGUGCUCAUUUUUUAAUUUUUUUUUUUUAAUUUUCUUUUAUUAAAUAUGAAUGUCAAGCAGGUCAGUUUGAAUAAGGCCAGAUUUUGAUAUUUGACUGGCUUUGGCUGAAGCAAAACUACUGUCAUAGCUGGAAUAGGACCCUUUCAGAGGAGAGGGUUGUGGAGCCACUAUAGACUGAUACACAAUGGAUCCCACUGCCCCCCCCCUCCCCCCAGCAGAUUACUAUGGGCUUCAGCCCUGUCCUCUUUUCUCCCCAUCCACAGUGUGCAAUUAAUUGGCCCCAGUUUUAUUUAGUUUAUGAAUGAUAUACAGAUUCUGCAGCUAGGCUGGUUUUCUCAUUCAUAACACAUUGAAUCUGCGUUUUAUUUUACGGUUUGUGGGUGGUGUAGUCAGUAUAACAGACAUGGCCACACUGGCCAUGCAGUGAAUUAAACCAUUCUAUUUUUGAAAGCUUCCUGGAAAAAAGUUAAGGUUUAGCUGGUUUUAUGUAAAGAUGGUAUCGUUUCUUUAAGGAUGCUCCUUUGAGUAUUGUGGUGAUUACGGUUGGAGAGACAACAAAAGUUUAUUUCCCCAUCCCCCAAUUUCCUUUUACUUUGCUUGCUUUACAUACAGUUUUAGGCAGUGCAUUCACUUGCAUGGUGAUUGCAUGAAUAUAUGAUUUAGUAUGUGGACUAGAUGAGUUUACUUUGUUUGCAUCAUGCAUUGUAGCCUUUGUAGUUUGUCUUAACUGUGUGUUAUUCUUUGUUAAUUUGUUACUGUUUUAAAGGUACAUGUAGAACCAACACAAGGCUGCUGGGAGGAGGUUUUCCUGUUGUUGUCUGUACUGGGAUAAAUGGGUGGAACUAGUUCAAGUUUAGAGUGAAGGGCUAAACUGAGGCCCCUGUUGUGCAAUAUAAUCUAAACUUGGGGUGGGGUAUCUCCCAUAAGCCUUUGCUAAAGUGAGCCUGUGGUUUUGCUUUUUUGAAUACGCAUGGAGUGUGUUUGCUUGUCAGAAUGAUUGGAACAUGCCAUGGUAUUUGCAGGUGCUUUUGUCUUUAUGUUCUGUCUAUGCAUUCGCACAAGGAUUAAUAUCUACUACUCUUGGGUGGUAUCUAUCCUGGAACUUUCAUGGAAUAGUUAGAGGUUUUGAUAUAGACACAUUUUUUUCUUCAUUUAAUCUGUUCUCUCAAUGCUAAAUGGACUGUCAUGUACAUAGUAUAACCAGACUAGAUUUGUACAGUAAUAUAUAAGUUUAAGCAGGGGAUAUACUUUCACCAUAACAUUCCCUUCUGUUAUUUCAAAAAAGAAAUA